AUGUCAGGAUUUCAGUCACAUCCGAACGGUUCCGGCCGCGCACACCUUCGAACUAAUUCAAAGCCAAUGACCGAAGUCGGGCAACCCUCGAUAUCAUUCUUGCAGCAUACCUACACCACACAUGAUGCCGAGGGGAUUCAUAGCAGACCCUCACCUUUUACGACAGUGGCUACUCCAAGUAUCGAAAUUGAUCAGGUCCAGCUUCCGACAAUCAAUGAAAAUGAACCUGAAGCUCAUCCAUCGCCUAAGCCGUCUGCACUUGGUUUGGUACCUAUCUCACGUAAAGAACUCUCAGUCGAAAGAGAACCACCUAGCCUGGUAUCGAUUGUCUCCUCACUCCUUCGUCGAACGACUAGACUGCAAGAGAUUCUAUAUCCUCUCUUAUUCUUCGCUAGUCUCAUUGCCUUUUUGGCUCCUCUGGCUGGAAUAGGAUAUCAACCCCCAAUGAUGGCCGAGUACGAGAAUAUGCUGCAAGAUAGUGCCAAUUUUCCCGAUGUGCGAUCACCCCUUCAACGCCUCAACGAACCGUUCCCCCUUCAUCUGACUCCGGUCUCGACUAAAGAGAUUGGAACGCUCUUUGCUGAUGCACUCAUACCUAGAAAAAAAUCACACCAUGGUGCUGUACCUUCGCAUACUUUCUCGCAGACAGCAUCUGACUCGGAAUAUCAAGACUCUGGCCGCAAACCAAUGAUUGAACCUCAUGACUCAGGAAAAGUGGAUCUGGUUCAAGCUAGCGAUGACCAUUUCGAGGGACAAGAAGAGAGCUUGUUUUCGGAGGUAUUGACUUUAACUGAAAGUGAAGAUCUAGCUAGACGUUCGGUUCAACAUAUAGAAAACCCACCGAUUGGGAAGGAAGAGAAAAGUCAGGAGCAAAAGGAAGAGCAAAAAGAAGAGGAAAGUGAGAAGCAAAAGGAAGAACAAAAGGAGGAGCAAAAGGAGGAGCAAAAGGAGGAGCAAAAGGAGGCGGUGAAACGGAAGGAAGAGGAAGAGGAAGAGGAGUAUUUUUAUGAGGAAGACCCAGAGAUAUCUGAUGACACUGAAUCACCGGAAGCAAUCGAAGAUCAAUCAAGUAUAGUACCGUCAAGUGAAACCCCUGGAAGUGAAGAUAAUGAGAGUCAAGAAAAAGAAGUAGAAAGAUUAAACUUAGAACCAGUGGAAGUUCUAGUAAAACAGGAAUCCAAAAUCAAAGAGUUAGAAUUCUUACUUCAAUCUAUCUCUCCACCUGAUAGCGACAUCUUUCCAGAUCCAUCUGUUGUAGAAGAAAUCUCUGGUAGAAAAGGUUUACGUGCUCGUCAUUUUAGAUGA